GUUGCUCUCAUAACAAAAAAUAAGCAUUGGUUAUUUGGAAAUCUAUAUCCAAAUGGCAUCUAUCACUACUACUAUUUCGCACUUGGAAAGAGAAAAUGAGGUUCCUAAAGUUUUUGACUUCAAUUCACUUCAAGCUGAAGGAAAAGUUCCAAAUGAAUUUAUUUGGUCAUCUAAGGAUUUGCUUGAAACUAGUAAAGAAGAGUUGAAUGUACCCAUCAUUGACUUAGAACCCAUAUUCAAGGGUGACAAUGUUGCCUUAGGUGCUGCUGCUGAAAUUGUGAGGGAGACAUGCAUGAAGCAUGGUUUUUUCCUAGUUACCAAUCAUAGGGUUGACCAAAAUUUGAUAAAUGCUACUUAUCAAGAAUUUGUGUCCCUUUUCAAACUUCCUUUGGAUAGGAAGCUUGGUGCUAUAGGGAUACCAUGGGGUUACUCGGCUGCUCAUGCAUCUAGGUAUUCUACCAAUUUGCCAUGGAAAGAGACAUUUACUUUUCAAUACAAACACUAUGACCAAUCUCCCACACAAAUUGUUGACUUCUUCACUUCAUCCUUUGGUGAUGACCACCAACACGCUGGGUUGGUUUGUCAAAAGUAUUGUGAAGCAAUGAAGGAGUUAUCUGGUGUUAUUUUGGAGCUAUUAGCGACUAGCUUGGGUGUGGAUCGAUUACAUUAUAAGAAGUUUUUUGAAGAUGCAGAAACAAUGAUGAGGUGCAACUCUUACCCUCCUUGCAGUGAGGUCAACGCUGGUACCCUUGGCACUGGCCCUCAUUGUGACCCAACCUCAGUCACCAUUCUUUUUCAAGACCAAGUUGGUGGUUUAGAAGUUUUUGUUGAUGACAAAUGGCUUUCUGUUCGCCCUCAACCUAAUACCUUUGUUAUUAACAUAGGUGACACUUUCAAGGCAUUGACUAAUGGCUUAUACAAGAGUUGUCUCCAUAGGGUAUUGACUAAUAAGGAGAAGGAUAGAAAGACUUUGGCUUUCUUUUUGUGUCCAAAAGGAGACAAAAUAGUGAGAGCACCAGAAAAUAUAUUGGGAAGAGAAGAGCCAAGGAAUUAUCCUGAUUUCACAUGGUCACAAUUUUUUGAGUAUACUCAAAGGAAGCAUAGGGCUGAUCCCAACACUCUUCCAGAUUUUGUCUCAUGGCUUCGCUCUUCCAACACAUCCAGUGUCUAGUUACUUUGGACUUUGCAUCAUGAAUAAGAUUGCAUUUUGUGGGUAAUAAAGAGCUCAAUAAUACAUAUCCUCUUUUUUUAUUACCCAUGAUUUAUGUUUUUUUUUUAAAAUAAAAUCAGUUAAAGGAUA